AUGGGCGCUUUCUUCGAGACCAUCCCCAAAUCCCUGAUCCAAUGGAUCCUAGACCAGAGGGUCUUUUGGGUGUCCACAGUCCCCCUAUCGGGCGCCGGUCACGUCAACGUCUCCCCCAAGGGCGGCGCCUAUUUUGGCGUGGUCAACGACACCACCUUCUGGUACAUGGACCUGAGUGGCUCAGGCAAUGAAACCAUCAGUCAUCUGUACGAGCCGGGGAAUGGCCGCAUCACGGUGCUGUUCAAUGCGUUCGAGGGACCACCACGGAUUCUCCGCCUCUUCGGGCACGGGAGGGUGCUCGAGAACGCGACAAGGGAGUUUAACGAUUUCAUCGAGACGCACAAUGUCACGACGAUUCCCGGGUCGAGAAGCAUUGUUGUGGUUGAUAUCCACCAGGUGGGUACGUCGUGCGGCUACUCGGUGCCGUUCUAUGACUUUAAGGAGUUCCGGCCUACUUUGAAUGAAUUCUUCGAGAAGAAAGCGAAGAAGUUUGCUGAGGGCAAUGAUAAAGAGAGCAUCACAAGGUUUUGGGCGUUGAAUAAUGCCUGGAGUGUGGAUGGCUUGCCUGGUAUGCAGGUUGGUGUCAAGAUCAUGAAGGAGCAAGGCAUUGAGUCCUCGAAGAAGAUGAAAGGACCGCACGUUAUGACAAACUACAGCCGGCCCCGUGACGGGUUUACGGUCGAGCAGUUGCUGUUGGCUGCUGUCCUCGGUGCACUGAUGGCGGUUGUUUUCAUACUCUAUGGCCUACAGAUAGCCCAUCUUAUGCGGACGGGCUUGGUCGGCGAUGCGCAGAGGGCCAAGUGGCGUGUACCAACCAUGUCUCACUAA